UACACGUUGCUAAGCAACGGUACAGCCCUCUGAAGCCGCUUCGAGUUGAGUAAACUCUCUCAGUUUUUACUAACUAGGUCCAAAAUUAGCGUUCAAAAAUGUUGUCUUUUGGCCCAAACGUGAGACUGUCACUGCAGGAACAGAAAGCGGAGCUUCAAGAUAAAAUUCAGUUGCUGGAGAGCGAAGGGACUGCAUUUUAUGAGCGUUCUCAGUCCGUUAUCAAGAAGAACCAUGAGAUCAUCCUCCAACUGAGGCCGGCGAACCAGAAGCUGCACAAAGAACUGGCACAGGUAGAUCAACACAACUUGUCAAAAGAGAAAGCAGCUUCAAAACUAGGACAAGAGCUACUGUUCCGAAGAAGACGUCUCGAUGCUCUAACCCACACCACCCUGAACUACCAGCAGCGCCUUGAUGAGCUUAGAAUAGAAGAAGAGAGACGGAACCAGGAGCACACCAGAGCAGCUACGUCCGUUGUAGCUUCGGAGUUUGAGCUAGAGGAAGACGCAAUGAAUUUCCGUAUGCUGGAGAACCGUCUGGAUAAAUUUCAGUUCAAGUGCAAGGAGGCUGAAAAAUGCAGGAAGAUCAAUGUGAAGCUCAAGGCACAGAUGCAGGAUGAGUUUCGGAGUUACGGAGCACAGAUCGACAAUUUGGAAAAAGAAUUGCUGAGGUACAGACAGGAGUUUCACAACCUGGAGGCCCUAAAUAUGGAGGCUUACCUCUCAAAAACAGCUGCUGAGGCUGAUUUACACCAGCUGGAGGAACAGCUGUUGAAAGAACACAAGGAGAGAGAAAGUAACAUAGCAAGGUUAAGGCAUAAAGUUGAUCAGCGCAAGGUUCAGACUGAAAAGCCUGACAAAAAGGCACAGAGAACAGCUCUGGAGGCAGAUGAGUUGGACAGCGAGGCCCAGCAAAGCACCAGGAUCAUACCUGAAGAAGAGAAAGCCAACCCCAUCUUUGAGGAGAUCUUGAAGAACCUCAAGGAAGCCACCGGAGUCUCAGAUUUGCAGGACGCUGUGGAACAUUUUACCUUAGAGAAGGAGAAUUGUCAACGUUUAGAGAAUCUAAAGAAACAGAAUGACGAGGCCUUGGAGAAGCUGAAGGAGGAGAAGGAGCUGCUUAGCAAACAGUUUGAUCAAAUGAAAUACUCUGGGGAGGCCAAGCUGUCCAGUGAGAUGCAGAAGUUGGAGGAGUGUGAGCAGCAGCUGGAGGUCCAGCUACAGAGACGUGAUGCAGACGCAGAGCGCCUGGCCGACAAUGUGAAGGCCCUCGGCGCCAUCAGAGCCGGAGUUGAGCACCUGGCAGGGAAACUGCAGGACUCCUCUCCUAUGGAGGACAAACCUUUCAAAUUAUUACCAACUUCAGAUGAGUUUGUGCUGGAGCUUUUGAACCAGUGUGGCACGAAACUGCGGAUCUUACUAAAUGAACUUGAAGGGAGGGACAUGGCCUCUGUCAUGAAGGAGAUAGAAGAAGAUGAGUUCUACAUGACGAUUGAAGGGAGGCUUCCCAAGACCAACACCAAAGUGAAAGUACCACACAAACCAAUAAAGGACAUCGGCAAAGAAGAGGGUGAAAUCAAAGAAGAUGAGAUUGACAUCAUAACGCGAGAUGCCCUGAAGCGUCAGUCUCAGGUCAUCAUUGAAUCCAACUUGAGCAAAAAGCCUUGGAAAAAAUAAGUCCUGAUCCAAAGCAACAAGAGUAACACAAAGUGUAGUACAACUGUGAAGUAGAAGGGAAAUGACAUGUGGUGGGGCUGUUUUUCCGAAUAAAAAUGUGAAAAAUGG